CUGGUGGAUUUUAGCUGAGAUGGAGGGUGGCCGAGCUUAACGUCAAACGUUAGCAAAGUUCCUAUCGCCAAAAAAAUAAGUUUGAUUCAUUAUAACUUCAGCAAAUUUCGCUUUUUUUAAUGAUCACGCUUAUUGGAAAUAUUUGUGCAACAUAAGAUUAUUGAGGAUGCCUAUUCCAAAGUACCAGAAAGGGGACACGGUGAUGGGUCGCUGGCCUGGAAGUAGCCUGUACUACGAAGUCAAAGUGCUUGGUUUUGAUGCACAAACUAGACUCUAUACUGUCAUCUACAAGGACGGCACAGAGUUGGAGCUCAAGGAGCAAGACGUCAUGAGUCUCACUAGUUUUCAGAGUCGCUCUCGUUCUCGUUCCCGCUCCCGUUCACCGGGACGCCGUCGAAGCCAGUCGCGCUCUCCGGCAAGGAGCACACGCCGCUCAUCCUCUCCAGCAAGGAGCACACGCCGUUCAUCCUCUCCAGCAAGGAGCACACGCCGUUCAUCCUCCCGUACUGCUGCAGCCGUCAUAACGGAGGUCGAACCAUCCUCUCGUAGGGAUACGCGGCGUAAGGAUACGCUGGAAAUCAGACUCAGCCCCCUGUGUCAAUCAAGUGGCGACAUGGCGACUAAAAAUAAUUGCAGGAGUAAACUUGAAAUGGUGGUAGAGAAUAACAUUGCUACCGAGCAAAAUGUGUGUGAUCCAUAUAAAGUUUCAAAAAUAUUUCAGACAACUGAAGAUCCUGAGAAGAGUCGAGGCCGUUAUAAUCUUCGCCGCAGGAAAGAUGAUGGAGAUAUUACAGUAGCUGAAACAAAAGCUGGACACAAAGAAGAAAAGGAAAAGAAUAUAUCUGUUGCUCCAACUGCUGUCUGCACUCCACUUGACUCUAGAGGAAAGAUUGGUGCAUACGUUUGGCUGCUCUUCCUGCCACCCUGGGUGUUGUUUGUGUUACUCCAAGUAAGCCAAGAAGAUCCAAGUCUGAUAAACUUCCCCUCAACUCUGCCUUCUCUUGAAACCCUCUGUGAUUUCCAAGCCUGUGGCUUUGUGCUCCUCUGGAUCUUGUUUCAGGCUUUGCUCUACUUUGCUCCUUUUGGAAAGCUAAGUGAAGGCAUUCCACUUCGGUCUGGAAAGAAGCUCAAAUACCGAACCAAUGUAUUUAGCGCUAUGGUGGUUGUAGGAGCAGUAUACGAGGGCCUCGACAUCACCUACAUCCAUAGCCACUUCUUUCAACUGGCUACAGCCUCGCUCAUAAUCUCUGUGCUGCUCAGCAUCUACUUAUACACUCGCUCCUGCUAUGCAGCACCUGAGCAACUAGCACUCGGUGGAAACUCUGGCAGUGUCCUCUACGACUUUAUUAAAGGCUGUGAGCUUAACCCCCGCAUCGGGGACUUUGAUCUGAAAUUCUUCUUUGAGAUGCGCCCUGGACUUAUUGGCUGGUGUUUGAUAAACUUUGCGAUGGCAUUGGCUGAGAUGAAGCAGCAGGCCCUGGACGCUCCAUCAUAUUCCAUGAUUCUUGUCAACCUUUUCCAACUUCUUUAUGUCAUGGAUGGCCUAUGGAACGAGGCUUACUACCUUGUUGGUCAUCCUAAUCCCCUGACCCCUCCAGCACUAGCAGCCAUUAUUCUCCUCAAACUUACCGGAUUCUACAUAUUCAGGAAAUCCAACUCUGAGAAGAAUGCCUUCCGGAGAAAUCCAUCAGACCCAAAACUAUCCAAUUUGAAAACGAUCCCCACGGCUACUGGAAAAAGUCUACUGGUCUCAGGUUGGUGGGGUGUGGUGCGCCAUCCUAACUACCUUGGAGACCUUAUUAUGGCUUUGGCUUGGUCCUUACCCUGCGGCUUUAGCCAUCUCCUGCCCUGGCACUACAUGAUAUACUUCAUUAUUCUGCUCAUGCACAGAGACCUGCGCAACAUGAACGAGUGCAGGAAGAAGUAUGGUUCUGCUUGGGAUGAGUAUUGCCAAGUUGUCCGCUACAGGAUUAUUCCAGGUGUCUACUGAGGAACAAACACUAAACCCAUUAAAACGGGGGGCCUUUUUUUUUUUAAAUAAAAUAAAAAUUCCUAAAGUGACUGAUUUAGAUUUCUAGUUUUUUUUAAACUGUUUUUUUUCUCUUUUACUUCCAAAUUGAAGAUAGAAGAAAGGGCAUGUUGUCUUAAUACACGCAUACAUUUAUUACCCAUUUAUAAAAACAAACACCUGGUUUUUAUAAUAAUACAGUCAUCUUUGGGUAACUUUUGUAAGUAUUUUUUUCUACUCUACUUAAGCAAAUUCAGUUCUUUGUACAAAAUUGGAUUGUUUCAAAAGCUGUACAACUGUUUGCCAAGUCCAAAAAAUAAUAGAAAAAUGAAGCUUUGAUUACUUUGUAACUCAGAAUUUACUUUUGACUUUGAAAUAGCUUGGUUUUAUGAUAAUGCACUGUUUCCUCUUAAUCUGUUUUUUUUUUUUUUCCGUUUUGUUUUCUUUGAUUUAUAAAUUCCAAAGUAUAUCUGAUAAAAUGUUGCUACCUCAGGUUCACUCACUGUCCAAUGUUCCUGCCUCUGUGUUUUUUGGAAGGCAGUGGGUGUAAUGAGUUUGGAAUCACUGUUGAAUGAAUGAUGUUUUUUUCUUUUAUUUCAAUAUUCCCAUUGUGAAUAGUGCUAUUACAACUAAGUAGUCCUUACUUGCCCACCAUUUUAUAUCUUUGAGUGAUUCAUGCUUUAGUGACAGAUGGUAAAAAAAAAAACUUUUUAUUUUAUUUCCCGUGUUUUUAAAAAUAGAUCUAAACUGACCGUGUCAAACAGCAGUAUUUUGAUGAAGGUUAUACUGUGACAAUACAGGGAUGUUAAUUAGUUUAGUGUUCAUAUUGCGUGUUUACAAAUCUGACAGUAUUCUUAUGUAUAUACAGUUGAUCACAGUUGUAGUUGAUCACAAAAUAAGCAGACUGGCAUGCUUUUUCCAUGCGGGGCUGAUUUAACUUUGUAUAGAUAGAUAUAUGAAAUCAUGUAAUUUUCCGAGAACAAGUCACUGAUCCAAUAACAGUAGUGUUGUACUGUAAAUAUUUAAUGUUGCUGUAUGGAUUCGUUUUUUUUCUGGCUGACCAAUGUUAUAUUUAAGAUUAGAUCUGCCAUGAUAAUGGACCUCACUUAUAUAAACAUGUAUAAGAUUGAAUAUAGAAUUAUGUUAAGACUUGAGAUGUUUUUGUUAUCUCCCACAUUGCGUGGCUACUUUUUAAUAGUAGUCAUUUCCUAAACUUGUUGCUACAAAUUUAGGUUGGCUUUAACCAUCUGUUAAAAGAAAAACAUGUUUCUACUUGAAUAAAUUACACCGCAGAAUGAGGAUGUUAUGACUCCCUCCAAAUGUCUGUAAUAAUUCAUCUAGAUUAGAGCUGAAAGUGAAGCAAAAUUAUCUGUACAAAUGUUGCAGUGUGAAUUAAAGAUUGUUGGUAUUUUCUUGUUUGACUUUUUUGUGAUAAAUGUAUGUAAAUAAAGAUACACAUGUAUGUGGAUAUAUGUUAGUGUCUAUAUAGAUGUGUGUGU